AUGGGAGAACCUGUGAUGUUCUUUUGGGCAUUCCUUUGUGGACUCUGUAUGCUGUUCUGCUCGGGCGUUUACCUGGGAUACAUAGGUUUUGAAUUCAAGUUCUCGGUCAGAAUAAACAGAAACAACAACGUAAUACCAGCGCAAGAAGCCGCUAUACCUCCUCUCGACGAGCACCCCGACAGCGCAAAUAGCACAGAAAGCGCAAGCAUCUUCGAGCAAUUACUAGGCCAAGAGGACAUCAUACCUUCCUACGACGACUACCCCGACGGCGCAUACGAAGCUGCAGACGAGCGAGAAUUCAAUUGA